AGAAAACCUUGUAAUGCAGUGACCCAGUAUGCUCCACGGACCAUAGAGGAAAAAACUAAAGGGGAGAUACAAAAAUCAAUGGUUGACUUACUUAGUUUUAUGGACAAGGUCACGCCAAGGUACAUGUAUUAUGAUCAAAUAUUAUAUGUAUGUGCUGGCUAUUACUUUACUGCUCAGUACCUGGAGAAAAGUAUUUGGUUUUUGCUAUACCCAGGGUGCAAAGAAAAUUAUUUUUACAGCUUGCCAUUCAGGCAAGCUGAAGCCAGCAUUUACCAGCCCAGACAUCAUUUCAACUAGCCCCCAUACCUUUUGACUGUGAAAUAAUAACAUGAUGUACAGUAUUUGCACUCCAUGGUAUCCAUUCACUUAUCCUACAUGUACCCCUUGAUCUCACUGCAUCUUUUUUUGGAUCUGCCAAUCCAUACACCCACCUAAAUGGGCUGUUGCAAUUUUUAUAAAAUACUUGUAAUAAUAAUAAAAUAAUGGAACUAAAAUAAUACAUGCCAUUUUCCAUUUCUGGAAUUAAAGUUGAACCUCCAUUUAACAACCAUCUCUCCACAACGUUCACUUCUCUACUACAGCCCUUUUUUCGCGGACAUUCCAUACAUCAUGACUCUUCUUUAAACCUCUCUACAAUCAAAUGGCCACUUUCUUCUGUCCCCAAGGUGGCCGUUGCGAAGAGGCUCGUCAGCUAUAAUCUUGUACAUUUUGUUAGUUGUGUAAUGUUCAAAUGUACAUCAUUAUCAGCAUGCAAAGAAAUAGUGUCCGAUAACUCGGGACUAGUGGAUUUUGCUAUCAGGCCGGUGCGUUCUAUUCUUAAGUUAACAGGCAAGUGAUGUUUUUCAGGGAAUUCAAAUCACAAAGGAACCGUAAUCAAACCUGCUCAUCAAAAAUUUUUUUUUCGUGUUAGUUGAAACGACUUUUGGACUAGUACACGCUAACUACAACUUACCUGAAUGGCAAGGUGUAAAAGUCCCUUUCUUUGCACCCUGCAUUAUCAUGUAUAAAAGAUUUAGACGUAUUUGUUGUUGUUGCAGAUUUGAGUUGGCUUUACAACAAAAUGAGAUUUUAGAUGUGUUUUAUGAUGACUAUUUGUCCCUGGCAGAUGAUGAAACUACUUUUGGUGCAAAGUCAGACAACUAUUUAAAGGUUAUGUGAUACAUCAUGAAUCAUAACACAAAACCAAUAAAAACUUACAAUUUUACUUGUUAGAGAACUCAUGCACAAGAAAGAUAUUUACCACAGUGUUUUCAAGUUAGAUCCGAGGAAAUGAGAAUAUGUUUGUUAAACACAACAUUAUUGAAUUUAAGUGUCACUCAGCAAAUUUUCAUUCUUUGGCAUAUACAUGGAAACAACAUGUACAUGUACCGUAGUUGAAGUUAAGAUUUCUUUUGGUAAUAAAAAAUAUUAUAUGUAAUUACUAAAUUUAUGCUCAAGUGCAUUUUUUUGUCUAAAUAUAUUGUGGUUCUGCCAUUAGGUAGCUGUAUAGCUACUUCAUAUUAAAGCAGAGAUCUUUUUGCUUAGAGGCCAGGUUUACUGAAGUCUCCUAUACUACAACAGUUUGCAGAAUGUUCGUUUGUCUUCUAAGUUGCAGGAAAUGUUUUUAACAGUCUUUCUGAUUUGUAUUCAAGGUAAUAAUUUGCAAUCAUGUGAUGUUUGCAGGAAUACCAGUCCUUCACUGAUCUUCAGUACAGCAAGGAAAAAACUAUCACAGACAUCCAAUGGCAUCCUGCUAUCAAAGGUAACAUUAACCUUUAAAGUUGCCUGUAAAGUUGAUUGUAAAAUGGCCUGUAAAGUUGUCUCUAAUUUUGCAUAAUGAAAUAAAGAAAGAAAUAAAUAAACAUUAACUAUGACAUUCCAGAGGAUUUUUUGCCUUUAAUGCAGGUUGCUAUGAGCAAUCUCUACAGGGUACAGUGCAGUAGAUGUUUAGCUAAAUUGUUUAGUUUGACACCUAGGACUCUGUUUCUCUGUUAUUUUUUGAGCAAACAGGUUUAAAAAAUCUAGAAAAACUAGUGCAUUAAUUAUUCUUUAAGACUAUAAUGCACUAACAAGGUGACAUAAAAAACAAAUAGUUAUACAGAUGUACAUUAAGUAUUAAUUUUGUGAAUCAUACUGCCCUGUAUAAGCGUGUCAGUACUUACAGGGAGUGUAGAGUGUUCUAGACAGAAAUAUUUAUUCCCCUUUCAAAAUUAUUUUGCAUCUAUGUAUGAAUGCAGUUAAAGACAGAUGAGUUUAUCUUUUGGUUCCCAAAUAAAUGCUGGGUAUGAAAGGUGGAGUUGUGGAUCCAGCCAGAAAAGUUUGAAGUAAACAGCCAGAUUUGCUUUAGAGAAUAUUGUAAAUUUGUAAUUUGAAUUUUUGUAAAUUGUAAUUUGUUUACCCACGGAGCUCUAAGGAGUUCUUAAGAACUCGUUGAAACGUGUCCGUGCGUUCCAGAUGGAAUUGGAAAUUGAAAGUGUUGGUUUUUAAGGAGAGGGGAAAACCAAAGUACCCGGAGAAAAUCCUCUCGGAGCAAAGGAGAAAACCAACAACAAACUCAACCCACAUAUGGCGUCAACGCCAGGAUUCGAACCUGGGGCACAUUGGUGGGAGGCGAGUGCUCUCACCACUGCCGCCACCCUUGCUCCCCGAUAUAAGAGCAAAACGGCCUCAGAGAGAAAUUUAUGAAAGCGUCUAGAUUUGGGCAUCAUUUUGGGUUAUUACUGCCACGGACAUUGUGAAGAAAUUGAAAAAUACAAGUUAGUUAUUCAAGAAGUUAACCCUUAUCAGAUGCUUAAAAAAAUCAGUGUCCGUAUUAACGGGGUUUGACUGAAAAGUGUUUAUUGAUGACUUGUCUUUCUCUUGUUCUUCACAUUCAAUAGGCAUCAUUGCAGUUUCCUGUGGUGAAGGUCUUUCAUUUGAUGACAGGGUGGAUUACUUUUCACGUAUUCUUAUGACUUCUUCGCUGGUACUUAUUUGGAGCUUCUCUGACCCGAUUCAUCCGCUGGUAUGUGUUUUUGUAGUAAAAUAAAGCAAAGGGUACUUUCAAAAAAUGUAGUAGACAGUGUUAUUGAUGUUAAUGUUUUUCCAAAGACAUAACAGACUUUACAAUAAAGAAAAUGACAUUCUGACGGUUUUACUGAAGAUGCAUUAGCAUGGUAAUUGCGCAAAUUAAACGACGGAUGAUUAAAAUGAACAUUUUUACGUAAAACUGUUCUUGCUAAGAAUGAUGUUAUUGAAUUGCCGUAAAAUAAAAUGAAUUUAUAUUGUCUGUUAAUGAAAGCCAAAGGUGUAUUAGUGAAACCAAUUGUGUUAAACACUGGAGAGAAAUUUAUCCAGUGGAUUGGGUUAUCCACAUGAUAAUUGGAGGUGUUCAAAUAGUAUUUUUAAAACAGAAUGUAUUGUUCUUUAGGCUCUUCUUGAAGCUCCUGAUGAUAUCUUUUGCUUCAAGUUUAAUCCUUCUGACCCAAAUAUCAUUGCUGGAGGCUGCAUAAAUGGACAGGUAACAGUUCAAUUCCAUGUUUGUAUAGCUGCAAGUAUUUUAAUUGUCUUUCUUUAAAAGGACGUAGCGUGUUGCACGAAAUUUUUGCAGGUUCUAAGUUUUGCGAUUUUUCCAGCUGUUCGCAGAAGUAAGUUCCCGCAAAUAAAAAUUAGGGCAAACAUUUUUCCCCCAAAAAUUUACUCCCGAGUAAAUAUUUUUUAAUUCGCUACACAAAAUACUAAGGAAUCCUGUCUGUUCAAUAAGAGCUUGUCUUUUUCAUUCAGAAACAAAACGGUAUACAAUGAAAUACUGGUUUAUUGUUUGAAAAUAUGUAAUUUUUUUUAAACGUAGUCAAUAGAAACGAAAAUAUUAUCAACGCUGGGUACUGGGCACUUUCUAAAAUUACAAAAAUUAAUUCCCAGCAAGAAAAACCAAUUUGUCCUAAUCACAAAAAUUAAUUCCCUGCAAUACACCAAAAAUCACCAAUCCGCGAAAAUAGACUCCCGCAAAAAUUUCGUGCCACACGGUCAAUGCAUAUCCUGUUUUAAGUCAUAAACUACGAAUGGUCCCUCAUUUUCCUCAGGGAUAAUUCGCAAGCGCGCGUGAAAAUUGCCACGCGCGAGUCACGAGAGGAGAAGCGAGACGUGAAGGAAGUAUAGAGAAACUUACUACAGACAAAGCCAAAUCAUAAAUGUUUGACUUUCUAUCUCAUCUCCUCGUGUCACCUCCCUCGCGGGUGGUGAUUUUCAUGCCUGCUCGCGUGUUUUGCUUGUUCUAUUACCCCUGAAGAAAAACGAGGGAGUACUCGUAGUAUACAGUGUUGCUAAGCCACCAUGGUUGGACACAAUCAUGGUCUUCAACAAUUUUUUCAUGUCAUGCGUGGGAUUCAUGGGACUGUAGAAUGAUUACCACCGUAAUAUUCACUACAAUUAUUAAUAAUCAUUGAUUAUUGAUCAGCGUUCGUCUUAUUCUCUUGCCUGUUGGAUUCGGGCAAAAUGGGAAAACUGAGCAGGGGAAAGCGCAGGGGUGGGGGGCCGAAGAGGUAAUGAAAUGUUUUGAAGGUGCUGUUUUUGUCGCGAGUAUCCAUCAGAUGUAACCUAUUUCCCUUUACUUUGUGGUAUGGUCAGCUAUUGACCUAUCUUCCUUUAGGGCAAGGGGUCUAAUUCACUAAAAAAAAAAUUUAGUCAGGGCUAAAAGCGAAGCUCUCGUUAAUAUCUAUAGUUUACUGAAACAAAAUAUAAAAUCAUGUAAUGCUAAUCAAGCGGCGACGGUAGCAGUAGAUUUAAUUAACAAAAAAACAGGUUUGCACGUGCAAGCACACUUUUUUUGUACAUCUCUUUGCCGUUGUUUUGCACGACGACAACGUGAAACUUCCAGAAACUUUCUAGUUACACUUUUUAUGGAGGAAAUGUUGUAAGUGGUCCUGUUCACUUUUUUUUCGCUAGCGCUCAUUUUUACCUUGGUGGCCGAUAGCAUUUCUCAUUUGCUCACAGCCGCUUUAAAAUUUUCAUGUUAUUCUUCAAACGAAAUUGGUCUCCUUUGUUUUUUUUUAUCUCUGGCUCUAGCUUUCUCUGUUAUCCACGCCAAUGUAGACCUUAAAAUUAAGUCGAAAGAAAUAAUCGACUUCGUUGUUGCUCUUUUUCAUCUCUAAAAGUCCGGGUGGCUAUGCGAUGUACCGCCGAAACGCGUGGGUACUUGAAAUGCAAUAUUUCACCUCGACUUACAUGAAGGGGUGGACGUACGUACGGACGAUUUUCUCAGAACCAAAAUUUCUUGGAUUCAUAGAUUACCAAAUUUUCUUACCCAUGGUGCUCCGCUGCAUGCGUUUCGCGUGUGAGAGAGCUCCGCCAUUUCCCAAUUAGUCAGACAAAAAGGUGAUGAUAAAGUUGCAACAAAUUUUUUGGGGAAAUAAACGCGCCUUGAUCGACUGUGUUUUUCACUGCUAGAGGAUUACUUUUAAUAGUCUAAUUGUAGAAGUGAAGCCAAUGAAAAUGCAGGAUUUGCAAUUAGUCCACUAGUUCUUAACACAGCAAUUACAUUAGGAACAGGAACCAGUGAAUUUUAUUUAACAAGAUUUGGAAAAAAAAAUUGCUGCAAGAAUGUACCUUUUGCGAAUCACCAACCCCCCUCUCUCUGGAAUCAAUGCUGUGAUGUCUUUAAAAGAAAGCUUCUACGCUAGGCGUUUGUAUGAAGCAACAUUGAGUUGGGGGAGGGGGCCUCUUUGCUUGAUGCGGUUGGUAUGGAAAGGGUUAUGUUUAGUCAGCUAAUUUGCAUAAACGAAAAAACAACCUUCCUCAAGUAGUCAUGUCCGGAAUUGCUGGUGUUGAAAUGAAUGAGUUUGUGAUGAUAAUCAGUUGUAAAUUUAUGUGAAUUAUUUUCUUGUGUUUAGAUUGUGUUGUGGGAUAUAACAAAUCAUGGUGACAGAUUACGCAGCCACAGACAGUCCCAUGGUCAAACAAAGAAAAACUCCAUGAACACACUGGUAAGGAGUGCUCAGCAUACUAUGGCAUUUAUCAGUAACUGCAGUUUUAAUCUGGAUAGAGGAACUUUGAUUUGUGUACUGUUGAAGCGGAAAGCUGAUUGCAUGAUACGUAGAUGCGUUUUUAGCCUGCAAGGAAGGGGGAUAUUGUAUGAAGUGACGCGCGAGUGGCACGCGUAACGAAACGGAAGAGCGAGAAGCGGGUUUGCCACUAAUGCUGGUCAAUUAUUUGCCUUCAAACAAGGUAGAUAUCGUGAGAAGUCACGCUCAAGUUGCACGCUUCAGGAGACACGCGAGCGAGGGGUGGGUUUGCCAUUUGCUUGGGCGUUCACUUUUUAGCCCGCAGGCAAGGGGAUAUCGCGAGAAGUCACAUGCGAGGGGCGCGUUUAAGGAGACGGAAGAGCGAGGACCAGGUUUUCCACUCACGCGGAUCACUUAUUUGCCUACAAGCAAGGGGGAUAUCGCGAGAAGUAGCUUGGGCGUUCACUUUUUAGCCACGAGUACCAUUCCGUUCGCCAAACGAAAUGGAGAGCUUGCUCGCAGGUUAAUGUGUAUUCAGAAAUGCCAUCUUCAUCAUAUCGGCUAUCCUAAUGCCCGAUAUCUCCAAUAACCGGGCUCCUUCUAAAAUUUCUGAAUUGCUCGUCCGUUCUAACAUGAUCCACUCUCAUUAUACCAGAUUUUCUGCCGCAGGUAAUUUUUAUCUCUAGAGAUCUAGACUCAAUCAGCUAUUAUUACUUUUUCUAGAAGUGGUGUAACAAUUUGGAGCAAAAUUCCUCUUACGUUACGUAAACAGCCCAAAGACCCUUUCAAGCGUAAAUUACAUAAAUUACUGAUCAAGGUUUUGGAGACCAAGAAGGUGUAUGUCGAUAUGAGUACCAUUACCAAUUCCUACCUGAACUCCUUAUUCAGUUAAAGUGUUUUCCUUCCUUAUAUCUAUAGGUGCUACAUUUUAUUUAUUUAUUUCAUUUUAUUUUUGUUUUCUCUUCACUUACCGUUCUUUUGCCGAAUUUAUAGGAGACAAUUACUGUAUUGUUGCCCACCUAGAAUAGCUUCAGUAAUUGUGGGUAACAUAGUCUUAAAUUAUUUGAUAGUUGAAUAAACUGUUGUUGUUGUUAAAAAAAAAGUCUCAUCGCGCCAUAAGGCGCGAAAUGUGCUUUAUGCAAAAUAUGAUCCAUUACUUAAAAGUGUUUGUUUGCCGGUAAUAUUGGUAUUUCAAGGAGAUUAUUUUUCAAGCAAAUUUAAUGAUUUAUUAUCUCAGAGAGAAUAUCAAUCAACAUAAGCGUUUUUUUCUUUUCUUUUUCAAGCCUGGAUUUGAAGAUGAAUCAAGUUUCGACCGUUCACCCAUUCUCCGGUACUGUGCAGUGUCGUCUAUUGAACACAGUCAUAAGACAGUUGUUUCAGACAUUAUGUGGAUACCUGAUCAUAUGGAGGUAAUCAGGAAGCUGAAUUUGCCAGAAUAAUCACUGACUUCAUCUCUGCAAAUAAUACUAGGAUUAACCCUUUUUUAUUAAUCUGUUGUUUUAUUUAAGAUUAAUAAAAAAACAGAUCGUUUUUGAAAAAUGUUGUUAGCAUGAGCGGAAAAAGCAUAUGAAAAUUAUGCAACCUGUGAAUUUUCAGCCGUAUAUCUCAAAAGUAGCGAUUGCAACGGCCGCCGAAAAUUGGAAGGAUUUGAAUGAGAAAAACAACUCUUGCCACCCAGUUACGCUUUUAAGUGGUUUUCCAUACAACGCGUUGUAAAUUCUGAAAAUUUUUUUUUCGUUAAAUCUUUUCCCUUACGCAUCUAAGGGCUCAAACUGCCUGUUAUGAAUUAAAGGGAGAUUUGAGCUCCGUAAUGCUUAAGGAAAUAUUUCACGACAGUUUGAAAAUGUCGUAACUUACAAGGAUUUGUAUAGAAAACUAUUCAAGCGUGACUGGGUGGCAAGAGGCUUUCUUCGCCGUUCUUUUACUCUCUUAAAAUGCUUUUAGAACAAAUUUCAACGAAGAUUUUCAUGGUGAAAUGUUUUAAGAACCCGCCAAUUAUUUGUUUCAUUACUUUUCUUAGGGUUUAAGAGUAAUUCGCGCGCACAAGCGUUAUUGCAUAGCACUGUAAAAUUGUUUGAUAUCUGUAGAGGUAUAUUUUUUCAAGUUUCAUUGGCUGGGUAUAUAACCCAGACAAUCCACCCUCACUUCGGUGAAUAAUUUUUCAUUAUAAAACGUUAUAUGAAUGGCCGUCUUCACACUAGAAACGGAUCAUGAUCCAUCUUCAAAAUCCGUCAAAAUUGACGGAAAAAAGGAUGGAUAAAGUCAGGCGGAUUGUCCAUCCAAAAUUAAGACCGUUCCAUUUUCAAAUUGGCCAUUUACACUUAGAGGUAAUGUGACAUCGUUUUUAUGAAAAUGAAAGUUAUAUGAUUUUGCCUUCGAAAAGCGAUUAGAGGGUCAUAUCUUAAACAAAAUAAUAGAGAUUUGGUUUUUCAAACCCGCACCAUUUUCUUAAAAUGAGUAAGUUGGUAGCUGGUCACGUGAUCUCUUUCUGGACACAAAUUUUGCACUUAAACUUCAAGGAAAAUGUUGAUACGAUGAUGUGCUAACGUUUACAGCACAUCUGUGCGUAACUAUCAAACGUUUAACAAGAUAUAAGCAAAGAGUAGUUUUGGCCGCCAUGUUGGAGGGCAAGAGUAUGCCCUCCAACAAGGCGGCCAAUACAAAUCAUACUACUUUGUUGAAAAAGUGCCAUAAAAUAUCUCCUUUAAAUGCGUUUCCUCUCAAAUUUCGGGUGUAAGAUAAUUUUUAUGUGCUCUGUCAAUUUUUGGCAUCAGCAAGAUUCCAACUCAUUGUUUCAAAGAAGUGUUGGUCACGUGACCUCUUAGUGCAAGUGGCCUAUUAAGGUGGCUCGACACAGUUUUUCAGGGUCAAUACCUCCCAAGUUUGAGCAUAAACUACAUCGCCAUAAACAAAGUUUUGGGAAAACUGCCACCACAGUUGUAUUAGAUAAAGAUGAAAAUUUGUUAUGAUCAGGGUUGCAACGGCAUCGGAGUUGUCAUAGCAACGAAAUGAUUUCGCUUAAACUUCACGAACGUCGAGGCCGCUAUUGGAGGAAAAAGCUCCCGUGAACGAUUUUGAAAGAACAGUUCCUAGUGCCGAGAUAUGCUGCUGCAAGUAAAAUAGGUAAUAGCGUCAUUUCGUUGCUAUGACAACUCCGAUGCCGUUGCAACCCUGAUCAUAACAAAUUUUCAUCUUUAUCUAAUACAACUGUGGUGGCAAUUUUUUCAAAACUUUGUUUAUGGCGACGUAGUUUAUGCUCAAACUUGGGGGUAUUGGCCCUGGAAAACUGUAUCGAGCCACCUUAACACGUAUUAUCUGUCUGACCCGAUUUAUCCAACGGAUAACCCGUCUCAGACGGAUAAUCCGUCUCUAGUGUGAAUCCAGCCAAUUUAUAUUUAUUAAAAGUUGAGGAAAGAAGAGCGAAAAAAUGUACAAACGAACGACAAUAACAUCAAGUGUGUUUCAUGUUUGUUAAUACAGUAUUAGAAUAAUUGUCAUCCACAAAAGUAAGCCUAACAACUGGUUUAAUUGCAUGUGUCUUCAGAUCGGGCGGAUGGGAGUCGUAGUGGAAAAUAAAACACAGCAGUGUAAUCAGUUGAUGUCAUGUGCGGCUGAUGGGUGAGUACCAUAUGAAAAUAGUGUUAAGUUCUCCAAACUAUUCGGAUAAGAAAAAGUUGACAUCUGAUUCCAUACUAUUAACUCCUGAAAAUCGAUGAUCUCUUUAAAAGAUGAUGCCCGAGAAUUUUGUGCUGUUAUUAAUUGAUUGUGACCAGAAGGCACUGUAUGAAAAGCUUUAGUACUAAAGCCUAUCACCAUCUAAUUCGCAAAUUCAUUGUUUGAUGUUUAAUUUGUUCUCAAUGAAAGACUGACAUUUUGUCGUGAUUUGCACUGUUUCUCCUGUUUCUGUUUCAGCUGUUGGCAUUCUGUCUGAGAAAGUUAACAUUUUUUGAUACCCAAAAGAAACGACUCCCCUACGAUAGAAACGAGAAUUGUUACUCGGAAACUAACAAAUUAACCGUACACAUAUCAUGACAAUGUAACUCUCUGUUUUAUUUGCUUUUUAAACUUUGCCUUACUCUGAAGUGGUAUGUUUAGGCAAAUAUUCAGUGAAGUGAGGCAGAAUUGAGUACAUUGUAUACUGCACAGUCACAUGAUGUAUUAUUCGGCAUUCCUUUUGAUCUUAACAAGUAAUAUUCUAUAUGAUCUGUGUUAACUAUAUCUGCACAGAGCGAUCUUUCUUCGUAUUUUGACCUUGAAAAAUGGUUUUCGUAAGUGCUCGGGUUUUUUUUAUCAGCCAGUGGUUUUUUCUUUUUAAAAAGAUCAAAACUUGGACUCGCCGACACCAAGGAAAACUGUAAGAUUAGCGACUGGAAUGCGUUGUAUCGCUAAACCGACCAAAAACUGCGCGCAUUUCAGUAACCAUUUCCAGGUCAAACAAAAACAGUUCUAACAGGAAAAGAAGAAAUUGAGGCCACCGUACUCCAUUUCUCUGUGUAUGAGUUGUAACAGUCCACGAUUUAAAAAAGUAAACAAACUAAUGUUAAGUGUGGCCGGUUGUUUUGUUUCUAUGUAGGACUGUUCUUGUUUGGGACACACGGCCAAGCAAGUCUGCUGCACCCACUCAAACUGCUGCUGGUCAUAACCACCCAGUUGGAAUUCUUCCCACAUUUAAACACCUGGAUUUAACAUGGAAGCCUGUCCUCAGGGUAAUUUUAUAAUCGCUACUUGAAUAGCUUAGCAAACUCGUGUGUGUAUGUGUGUGUGUUACUACGUGAAAGCUAUUUGUCACUUUUAACUGCUGCGGCUUGGUUAUACCACGGAGAUGCUGCUCUGAUGAGGGACCACCGCUUAAAAAUCACUACUUGAUUUCCAUUAUAGCGGCCAACUCAUGCUCCAGAGGACCCUUCUCCAAUUAUCUAGGAUAAAAUAAACACACCAGCGUUGAACUUCGUUGUCUCGGCUUCGUUGCUCGUUUUUCGCAUGAUUUAGAUAGAAGAGGGUCUGCUACUCAGGAUAACUAAGAACACUAAUGUUAAAAAAUUUUGCAACCCGCCCAAAUUAAAGCAAUAGCGUUAUGAUCGGCGCUAGGGAUAGAGCCACCCUUGUGCCUCUCUGUUCCGAGGGGUGGUAUAUUCAAUUGACGUUGACUGUGAGGUUGUUAUUUUGCGCAAAACAGUACUGUACAAGUAGAGUGUAUGUCUAACGUGGGUGCAGUUUGUCCGGUGACUUACGAUCUUGUUCACACUUAGAGUCACGUCCUUCCUGACGCGUAACGUUUCAAACAUAGUGUUUUUCUCGACUAAAAAGCCAGAUUUCUUUUAUGCAUGCUGCUGAAUAACUGGCAAAAGCAUCUCAAAUACAUAGAGGCGAUGCAUACACUUACUCUAGAAGUGGCCCUUAUCCAUACUGUAGUGAGUCCAUUCUAUCGAUACAAUAGACCAGCCUUUUGGACACGUAAGUGGCUAUUCUACUUAAAGAAGAACUAUAACUGACAGGGAUAAGAGAGAGCUUGAGCAACAACGACGGCGACGGCGACGGCUACGAAAACGUCACUUAAAAAGUGAAGUCGCGCUGCUUCAAACUCUAUUGGACUUGUUCCAUCUCCUUCAAUUCGUCAAGAGUUGCAGUUUUUCUCUGGAGAUUAAUUUUAAAAGACUGUCUCGAAGUUCAGGGAAGAAAAAAGAAAGUCGUCUUGUGUUCACGUCCUCCCCAAAACGUGAAAUUAGGCAGUUUCACGUCGUAGUCUUGCAGUGAGUGACGGCAACGACAGGUAUAAGAAAGCAUGAUGCACGUGCCGAGUUGUUGUUUUUGCCGAUCUAAACCUAUUGCUUUUUAGCCGUUCUCGUUGACGUAACCGUCGUUGUUGCUUAGGCUUCCUAAUUUCUAGGGAGACCUAUUUGAUUUACAGUAGCUUUAUUUACAAGUAUAACUAGACGUAAUCACUGAUGAAGGAUCCGCGUUCGUCACUUACGCAAACGAAAUCGAGUCGAAAGGAGUCCAGUUUCCUGACCGUGAUGCCCUUGAUAAAAUCUGUAGGGACGGCCAAUCGGCAGUCGCCCGCAACACCUCGGAAAUUUGUGUCUUUGUACCACAGGAACAUCAAGACUUAUUAGGAUACGUUCUGAAGAACAUUGGGCGUGUUUAUUGUUACUUAGGUUACCGUAUCGCACGUUUCUGGUGGUGGUGAAUUUGGACCAAGUGUUUUCAGUAUUUCAGAACGUCAAGGUGCAAGAUCAGCCACUGGUGAGUUGUAACUGCAUGUGACCGUCCAUAUAAUAGCCUAGGACUUUUUGUUCGAUGAAAGGCCCAUUAUAGUUACAGGGUCUGGCCCUCUUGUGAAACCUAGUCAUGCCUAGUUGGAGUUAAAAAGUCUACAGUUUUUGGUACACAUAUGUACAGAAUUUCCUGGUGAUAUUCAGUUAUUGUUGGAAGAAUCUCUUUGCCUGAUUGAUACGUUGGUGGACACUAAAUUGAAGAUAGUCGAUGUCAGUUUAAAGUGGUGUACUUGUGUCUUCUUUCAUCAUCAACGCGUUCCUUACCGUCCCAAAUAUCCCAAACACAGCGCUGAAAAGAAUUACAUAAGAUGUCUUUGUUAUGUGGGAUACUCUGUAAACUACAACUGUAUUACCAGUAAUGGAAUCCUUUUUUAACAUUCCAACUUCUGUGAUAUUUUAGCACUUAAACCACCUGAAGAGAAAGAAUCCACGGUUACUUCCAAUUUAUCAUCUAGUAUUUCCAAGGGAAAGGAUCAAGGCAAGCUGCUGGAAAAUGUCAGCUCUAAGUUUUUUGUUGGCACUGAGGUGAGCUGCUUUGUACACUGUGUAAUUUUACCAGAAUGCACUAAAAUGAUGAGCCAGAGUCCUCGGGUUGCUUGGUGCGAAAUGUGAUUAAAAGGAUUGUUUAGGGGUGAACCGUUACAAAUGACUUCACACGAAUUGUAAACAGAUAAUUUAUGAGAGAAAAAUCAGGUAAAGGCAAUGAAAAAGGUAUCCAGACCGCUUAUUUAUAACUUGACCGCUAUGCUCCCUGUAUUUCAGUAAGAAACCAAUUGUGCUUCUCUAGACCUGUGACUUGUGACCUGCAAAAUAAACCCUGCUGUUAAUAUACAACUUGAAUCUGGUGUCUAACUGAGAUUUUGGUUGCAAAAAAAACUUGAGAUUCUUUAAAAGUCAUGCCAUGUAUACACUCAGGCUUUUAGGUUUAAGUAGAUAACUAAUGUCGAUAAUUUGAAAUAUGUUGUGAACAUGCAAGGGCCCAGGUAUGCUUGUUUCAUGACAGGUGGGGCUACGCGUCUCACUUUGUUUGAACUGUACUGUGUUCUGUUUUGAAUUUAGGAAGGCGACCUCGUCUACAUGGACUGGAAACCUGAAAAAGAUAAUGAUAGUGGCAAAAUAGUCAGUAAGUGCCGCUUAUUUUAUUGCUAAGUAUUUCUGCUUCUUAUAAUAGCAAUAAUGACUAUUUAUUAAGACUCACUGCAGCAAUAUACAGAAUGGCUGAAUUACAGAGCUAUUUACAAAACAUAUAAUACUAAAAGAUAAUACAAUAAAUCCAAUAAAUACUAGAAAAUAUAAUUGUACAAGCCACUAGGUAUACUUGCGUGACAAACUCUUGCGUGCGCUUGAUCCUACAGGUAGGACGCGUGGAGCGGCUAAUGCCAGAUCUAAGAUUAUAAUUAUGCACAACCUCCUCCUGUUUGGGGAGCAUAAAAUGCAAGGGGUGAUUCUCAUUCCGGAAUCUAUCAAUAUAAACCUGGCAUAAAUGAGCGCGUCUGUCACUUAGAGUUGUUAAAUUAAGGGCAUUUUUAAAAUGCCUCGUUGUAAUUCAUUAAAGGAAAAUGAUGCGCAUAGCCCUUUUCUUAAUGCUCUCAAUCUUAUAAGAUAGAAAAUCUGGUAUAUUUUGCCAGACAGGGGCAGCAUAUUCUAGAACAGGACGAACAAUGGUUGUAUAAACCUUAGCCAGUGAAGCUGGAGGUGCACCACAUUGCUUAAGGACCAAUAAAGAGUAAAGCCUCCUGUUUCCCUUUUGCACUAUAACUUCUACAUGAUGGUUCCAUUUCAGGUCAUUACUUACAUAAACGCCUAGUAACUUAUAUGUCAUGACUCUCUCAAUUGUGUUACUACCAAUUACAAUAGCUUCUUUCAAUCUUGCCACUGAUGACAUUAAAUUAUAUUAUUUUAAUUGUUGUGUUUAGCUCCCCGCCCUGAGCAGGUCUGGGCAGCCCAUGAUGGUCCUAUAUCCUCUCUUCAGAGGUCACCUUUCUUUAGAGAUAUCAUCCUCACUGUUGGUGGAUGGACAUUUGCAAUUUGGAAGGAAGGCGUUACGGUACAGUUUCUAGUUUUUACUCUUAAGUGUACCGGAUGGAUUGAAAACUAAAUGUGCAUGAGUAAAAGAGGUCACAUUUUAUUUCUUUGAUUGUUGUACUAUAUAGGGUGGACCUCUUCUUCAGUCAGCGAGUCAUCUAAUGAGGCUAACAAGAGGACACUGGAGUCCUUCUCGGCCAGGUACAAUAAGAUGGGAGGGGUAUUAGUAACCAGUUACUGUGUAUCUAGGAUGAAAGGUUUUACGAUAGGUUUGUUAACAAUGCAAUUCAAAUAACUAAAAGUUCUUUAACACUCGUUUAGUGAAUCAAUUGCUUGGUUUAUCCGUAAUUUAUCAAAUACUUUUGUCGAUGUAAUGACAUCGUUUUUUUGCCGUUGGUUAUUUAACAAUUAGUGAAUGAGGGUGAGUAGGAUGUGAAGAAUUAUGCAGAUUUCGGAGGGUGUUAUCCACCGAGUCUAAAACUUACGAAAGCCGAAUUCGUUGAUUACUUUAUUAUCCAUUCAAAAUAACUCUUAAUUUAAAAACAAGUUAAAACAUGCUUACCUUCGUCGAUGUUAAGUUCACCUCGAUAGUGCAUGUUUAGAAGAUAAAGGGCUGUUCAGGUCUGCAAAUAUACUCCAAAUAGCAGAUGUCGUCCGUCGAGUUCUCUUCUUGCUAUGUUUUUAGACUAUAGUUCGUCGUGAAACGAGUAAAAUGUUCCGCCGGCUGUUCGGCCAUUUUCCUUUGCACAAUCAAAACAACUCAACCUCGUCCCCAGGUCUUCUCGGUUAACGGUGCAUUAACCUGCAACUGUGCUGCGCUUUUGACGUCAUCGGUUGAUUAAUCGAAAAAUUCUUCCAAAUUUGGUCAACAGUAGCUGGUUAUGGUGAAUUACGCGUGUGCUUUUAGCCAAUUAGAAACGGAGAAAUAUUUUGAAUGAAUAAUAAUGAAAUUUAAUAAUCUUCGUGAGUAGUCUAGAAAAGGAGGGAGCCCUGGGAACGAGGCUGAACGAAGAAUGAAAUUUUCCUUGCAUAGCUUAGCUGAGUUCUGCUGCAGUGAGUAACACAUUAUUCUUUCCGUUCUUAGGGGUGUUUUUCAUCACUAAAACAGACGGAAAUGUAGACGUAUGGGACCUUCUUGACAGGUAUGUGAUUGUGAAAGAAAUUUGUCGUUUAAGGCCAAUAGGUCAUUUGUACGAUGACGUCGUUUUAUUACAUGUUCUACGACCAGAAUCCUUCAGGCUUUUGCUUUUUGUGUAAAUUAGGGCUUUUGUCAUUUUAAUCACGCUUGGAUUGCCAAAUUUAAAUAUAUAAUAAUACAUACUGCAUUAUUAUAUGGGAAAUCAAAAGAUACAAGCUAAAGAGGGAGAUAUUUUAUGGUGGAAAAAAAAGGAUUUGUCUAUUUAUUCGGUUAUGUUACUCAGUUUUGUUGUUAUUGUUAGGUCACAUGAGCCUUCGUUAACACAGAAUGUUACUGCUGCUCCGAUUACAACAAUUGCACCUCAUCAAGUCUCAAGUGAGUUUGAAACAAGCAUAAUACAUGAAGUAUAGUAAAUACUUUUGUUAAAUGAAGAUAUGAUCGUCGCAGUGGUAAUUGCAAUUUAAGCAAUUGCAAAUUAACCCGAAAAAAGUUUCACAUAUCCAAAGGGGUUUUAAGUGCGAAAUACAUUAAAACAAAUAGUAGCAAUUAAAACCUAUUAGACUUACUGCUUGAAUUCGCUGUGACGAAGAGUAAGGGCUCCGGCCCCAGUUGUUCAAAAGCUGGAUAGCGCUAUCAACCGGAUAAAUCACUAUCCAACGGAUAAGUGUUAGGGAAACCAAUUGCACUAUCCAAUGGAUAGUGAAUUAUCCGGUGGAUAGCGUUAUCCACCUCUUGAACUACUGGGUUCUGAACGUCAGUUUUUCAAUCUUGUUACGGUGGAAAAUUUGACUUUGUCGACUCGUUUGAAAAAAAAAGCCAGUACUGAAAACUUGUGUACUAUUUAUGACUGCUCAGUUGUUCGGAGGUUGGAAAGCUCUUUCCACCUGGUUAAUCACUAUCCAGUGGAUACACGUUUCGUAUUAGGUAGAUCACUUGGGUUAUCUACUGGACUGUAAUUUGUCCAAUGGGUAGCAUUAUCCACCUUUUUAACUACUGGGUGGUGGUUGCGAUGCAUUAUGACCUGUCUGCACCUACAAGCCAACUUGUCUUGAUUGUUUGGUUGUUAGGUAAACAGCAGCUUUUAGCUGUGGGUGACAGUAUGGGCACGUUACAUGUCAUGGAAGUACCAUGGAAUCUCAGACACCCAUCAGCUAAUGAGGUAAACUGUACAACUGUUAUUUUC